ACCAAAGCAACCACAGAGCUAGUACCUAGCCACAGCACCAAAGCGAACCAUCAGAGCUUCACAGCAGAAACCAAAGCCAAGAUGUGCGGUGGCGCGAUCCUCGCCGAGCUCAUCCCCACCGCGCCCUCGCGCCGGGUCACGGCCGGCCACCUCUGGCCCCAGCCCAAGAAGCAGCAGCAGCACCGGAGGGCCGCUGCGGCCGACGACUUCGAGGCGGCCUUCCGCGAGUUCGAAGCUGACUCCGACUACGAGCAGCAUGACGAGGACGACGUGGUGGUGAUCGAGGAGGAGGUGGCCGAGAGCAAGCCCUGCCUCUUCAGCAGCAAGCAGCAGCAGGCGGCGCCGGUCAGGCGCAGGAAGCCGGCGCAGUACAGGGGCGUGCGCCGCCGGCCCUGGGGCAAGUGGGCCGCCGAGAUCCGCGACCCCGUCAAGGGCGUCCGCGUCUGGCUCGGCACCUUCCCCUCCGCCGAGGCCGCCGCGCUCGCCUACGACCAAGCCGCGCGCAACAUCCGCGGAUCCAGGGCCAAGCUCAACUUCCCCUCCGCCGCGGCCCCCGCUGCUGCUGCUCCGUGCGCCCGCAAGCGCGCCCGCGCCGAAGCCGCUCCCGCUGCCAAGACAACAGCACCGGUCGUCAACCUCGUCGACGAAGAGGAACACAACGCAACCGCGCACGCGCCGUCCCUCAUCAAGCACGAGGCCGAGUCGACCCAGGGCUCCCAGUCCAACAACGCCCUGCCGGACUUCUCGUGGCAGGGCAUGACCGCGUUCGACGACGCCGCGACGCGCCCCAUCACCGCCCUGGACGUCGAGCAGGUCGCCAAGCGGCAGAGGACAGACACCGACAAGGGCAUGACGGCCCCGGCCCCGGCCCCGGCCUCCGACUCCGACUCCGACGCGCUCUUCGACGCGCUCCUCUUCUCCGACCAGUUCCCCUUCUUCGACGGCGCCGCCGCCUACGAGUCCCUAGACACCCUCUUCAGCGCCGACGCCGUGCAGAGCGACGACCCCGCCUUGGGCCUCUGGAGCUUCGACGACGGCUGCCUCGUCGACGAGUGCAGCUUGUCAUUCUAGCUCAUCGUGCUCCGUUCAAUCGGAUCCCAGUA